AUGUUUGCUGUUCGACAGACUGUAUUCACGUGUUUUCUUCUACUCGUCUUUAUUCAGUUUACUGAUGGUCUAACGUGUUAUGUUUGUUCAAACACUUGCAACGAUCCAUUCAAUCCAAAAACAGCUACACAAGUAGCUGUACCCAAUGCAACAGUAUAUUCGUGCGCUAAAUUUUGGAUAGCAACUGGCAAUGUAGCUCGAAGUUCGUUGAUGAAUUGCCAACCGAACGAUAUCAAAGGAAUUGGUGUAUUCUGUUGUAACACAAAUCUAUGCAAUGAUGCUAGCAAGAAACUGUCAAUAGGUUAUCUCGUCUACAGUUUAGGACUUGUUCUUAUUGUUAUGUUAUUUUAA